ACGCACCCAUCUCACCCUCACCGAGCAUUCCUGGGAGGAAGUGCCCAGACCCGGUGCCCCUACCCCAAGGCGCUAAUCCUGUGAGGCCGGCCUCCUCGCGGGUCCGGAGCCUGCGGGGAUGGAUGGUGCUGGCAGCGAGUGGGCGUUGCCGUUCUCAGUCUUUGGCAAACAGAGACGCUCCGGCCGGAUUCCCUGCGCAGUCUCGGGGCUCCCAGGCCGUGACGGGGAAAGCAGAGCGUCCGGCGCGGCCCGGGACGCGAGGCUGUCCGAGAGCGCCCAGGCGUGAGCAGCUGGAAGGAGGGUCCGCCUGAAGAUUUAUGGCCGAAGCUGGCCUCCCGCGCGCUGAGCGCGUCUCCAUCCUCUCGCAGCCAAACAGUGGAGUGGAACCCCGACCCCGGCCGUAGGAAGAGGCCUGGGCCGGAGGCGGGGCCGAGAGGAGUUAGAAGAGUCAGAAUCCGCCCGGCUGGCCUGGCUCGAGAACCCCGGCACUACCCGCCGUGUGUCUUGCUCUCGGCGGAGUGCAGGGCCCUGGCACCGCGUUCCUGGCCUUCCAGGCGGGUUGGGAGGCUCUUGGCUCGGCUGUCCCAACCUCAGCUCGGCUCCGAAUCGCGGCUGGGCCAGCAGCAACGCGGGGACGGCGAACGUGGCUUUCUAGGCCAUAGCCUCUCCGGGUUUUACCGGCACCCGACCAAGAGCUCCCGGGUCGUCGAUUCUAGGGCUCGCGGAAACCCGCGCUGAAGAGACCCGACCACACAUCCUUCUAAGCAGCCAGAAGUAGCCCGCGAUCCCUUGGGGGCCCCUUCACGGAGAUGCCAGCGGAGAGCGGGGACCUCGGUCCCCACCGGGAAAGGCGGUUCUGGGCGACGGGUGGAAUGGUUCGGGUAGCCGCACCUAGUUUGGGAUACUGGCGCCUUUCUGGGAGCGGGGUAAAGAAGAACAUAUCCGCGAGACCAGCUAGACCAGGGUUCGGGAAGAGCCGGGUUCGAAGUUGAAUAGGGCAGAGUUGAGGGAGGUGGGGAUCGCGGGAGUCGGACCUGUCUUGGGCUGGCCAGGCCAGCUGGGCACUGGGGCCGAAGCUGCGGCGACAAAGGCGCAGCAGGGGUACAGCCGGACUCGAGAUUGGUUUGCCCCUUUGGUUUAAAACAAAGAGGGAGAACUGUCACUCGGGACGCAUCCAUUUAAGACAAGGCCGGAGCUGAUGGCCUAAGAACACACAAAAGGCCUGGGCUCUGGUGGCCUUGGCUAGCCACGGACAACCGUACUGCCUGGCCGAGCCAGCCUGGGCGGGUUCUCCAGGAACUGCGAUUUGGGGCUGCGAGGAGGCCCCCGCCCCAGCCAAUUUUCCGCCCAGUCAGUACAACACACACACAUGCACACAUACACACUCAACACACCGUUUUUGCCCACCGAUUCCGCUGGGUAAACAGACGUAUGAGGUGGUGGUGGCAGCGAAGUGGGGGUGGGGCACGGAAGAUGGCGGUUGGACCCUGGCGGCCUGCGGCCUGUGCGGUUGCACCCCACUCCGCAUAGGACGCCCAAGCCUGGCUUUUACAUUUAAAUGCGGCCCAUUAGAGCGGGGAGGGCGUUUUCCCAGACCCUGAAGCUUGACUAAAGGGUGCCUCAAGGGUCCCUCUACUAAUGGCGGGGGGUCUCUUAGCCCAGGAUGCACCCACGACUUCGCUCGGGAUCGGUUCCUCCGCCCCAAGAUGGCUCCGGGUCUGUUUACUCAGCGAGUAAGGGGGCGCCCGGCCCGGGAGCGGGCAAAGAUCGGGGUGCGUACAGGUCGGUUCUGGUGGUGGCCCGCUCGCGGCAUUAUGCGCGCCGCAGCCCCAGAGAACUGCACCAGCGGGAUCUGCCCCAUGAGCCCCACCCGGCGGCUGGGAACUGGGAGCCACUGCCGCCACCCCCGCGUCCCCAUGCACUGGACCGAGACCCGACCUUGGCGGUUGGAGGGCCGAGCGAGUACGGCGGUGUGCAGGAAGGGCGGCGCGAGGGGCCCCGGCCACAAAACCCAGAGGAUGCGGGCCUCGGCUGCCCAGAGUCUCAGCCCUAAUGAAAUGCCUGCUCUGUUUGCCACGCCGACUAGGCGCACACUUGAAAAAUGCAAACGCCAUUGGCAAAUCCAGGGGAAACAGGCAGAAUUUUUAUUAGCAACUAAAUGAUUUAUGGCACAUGUACCCCGCCGUCACAAUUACGACGCCUUGGAGCAUCCAGGGGUGAAAACAUUAAACAUUUAUAAAAAUAGGCUUUUGUUUUUUUCCAUACCGCAAGCCUUUUGUAUUCCCCACUUCCAACUCUCUUAAGACACAUGUUUAUUUCUUGAGUUAUAUUAAAAUAAAAACAUUUAGAUCCCGGGCUGGACAACAGGGUGGGGGAUUAGGGUUUUGGCUCCGAAUACUGAAGACCGACAGGGGUGGGGAAGAAGCGAAGGGGACAGGGGUAUGGGAGUGUUUACUAGGAAUGCACAGACCUCUGGAUAAGACCAAGGCGCGGGGCGCCCGAACACUCGGCUCCUUCCCCUGCUUUGGCUUCCAGCAGCCCAAUGCAGCUCCACCGCAUUUAUUUUAUCCCUGCAGCCACCUCCCCCGCAAGGCACAAAGACACAAUACCUCCUUUCUCUAACCCCCCUCCUCUCCGUCUUUGCUCCUGGCCUUCCCCGGGCUGCACCCGGCGCCUCCCGCCGCCUCGACUGCCGAGGCCGCCACCAACACCAACGUGCCCAGCUCCAAGCGCGGACACCGCGGCUAGUUCCCGUUCCCCUUGGCUCCGGCUAUUUUCGUUCUUUUCUUUCCUUCUCACUCCUCCCUCCUCCCCCCUCGGAGCUCCAGCUUCCAAAAGAGGGCAGCCUAGAAACCAGCGCAGGAGGCUCCAGGAAGGGCAACUUGAAACUGCCCUCAAGAGGCUGAACUUUUUUUCCUCAAAUUUAUCCUGGAAUUAAAUUAGACACCCCCAGUUCGCUCUCGAAGCCUACUCCCCUUUUUUUUCUAAAAGUGGAAUUAAAAAAAAUAGAACGAAUGGGCAAUGAACUAGCUCAUUUUUACCCCCUCCAGAAAAGUUGCCUUAAAAAUGGAUUAAAAAAAAAAACAGAACGAGCAAUGCAAAACGCUGAGUCCGCAGCGCGGUGCGAAAGAGCGGGCUUCUCUUGUUUUAAUUAAAAUCCUACCACCGCGGUUGCUCUCCAAGGCAGGAUCGGCCUGGAUUCCUGCCCCUCCAAGAUUCCUUUCGAGGGCGAGGCCUUCUUGGGCAGCUUUGUGGCCAGCGGGAUGGGGCCUUCCGCCUCAUCCCAUGGGAGCCCGGUGUCCCUGCCCUCUGACCUCUCCUUCCGCUCCCCUACCCCCAGCAACCUGCCCAUGGUGCAGCUGUGGGCUGCCCAUGCCCAUGAAGGCUUCUCCCAUCUGCCUAGUGGGCUGUGCCCACCUUACCUCCACCUGAGCCACCUGGAGCCGCCCAGCAGCGGGAGCCCCCUCCUCAGCCAGUUGGGCCAGCCCAGCAUUUUUGACACCCAAAAAGACGGCUUCUAUCUGCCCGCCCCAGGGGCUGCGGGUACCCUGCACUCUCACACGCCCUCAGCCAGGACUCCCAGUGGACACUCCUCAGGUGCCCCAGCCAAAGGCUCUUCACGGGAAGGUCCCGCCAAGGAGCGGGCGGGCCGGGUCGGCGGGGAGCCUCCCAUUCUGUUCGGCAAGAAGGACCCGCGUGCCCGCGAGGAGGCAGCAGGGUCACGCGGCGUCGUGGACCUGACCCAGGAAGCACGGUCUGAGGGCCGCCAGGACCGAGGGCACCCACGCCUGGCCGAGCGCCUGUCGCCCUUCCUAACUGAACCUAAGGGCAAGAGCGCACUGCAGCCAUCAGUGCUGAGCAUGUGCAAUGGAACAGGGGACACGGGGCUGCCGGCGCUGGUGGCUGACGUGGGCCGCAGUGGCGCCAAGGAGGCCGUCCGGCAGGAAGAGAGUGCACGGCUGCUGCGGCGCACAGAGGCCCUGCUUCCUGGGUCACGGCCCUGCGCCUCGCCGCUGCCCCCACCACCACCCAAGGGGCCGCCUGCUCCGCCUGCGUCCGCGCCUGCACCUGCCGGCAUCUACACCGUCUUCCGCGAGCCAGGACGGGAGCACCGUGUGGUGGCGCCCACCUUUGUGCCUUCCGUGGAAACCUUUGACGAGCGGCCAGGGCCCAUCCAGCUUGCUUCGCAAGCACGUGAUGCCAGAGCCCGAGAGCGGGAGGCAGGAAGGCCCGGGGUCCUACAGGCCCCGCCUGGCUCCCCGCGGCCGCCUGACCGGCCCGAAGGCCUGCGCGAGAAGAACUCAGUCAUCCGCUCCCUGAAGCGGCCUCCUCCCGCUGAUCUCCCACCAGUGCGGGCCGCCCGCGCCUCUCCCGACGCCCGGGCCUACUUGCCCGCUAAGGAACUGCUCAAGCCGGAGGCGGAGCCGCGUCCCUGUGAACGUGUGCCUCGUGGCCCAACCGGCUCCUCCGGCUCCGCGGCCCAGCAGGCAGCCAAGCUCUUCGGCCUGGAGCCCGGGCGGCCACCUCCGCCCUCAGGCCCUGAGCACAAGUGGAAGCCUUUUGAGCUCGGGAACUUUGCCACCACGCAGAUGGCUGUUCUGGCUGCGCAGCACCACCAUGCCAGCCGCGCUGAGGAGGAGGCUGUGGCCGCCUCCAAGAAGGCCUACCUGGACCCUGGGGGCACGCUGCCACGUUCUGCGGCCUCCUGCGGCAGGCCCGGUGCCGAUAUGCACCCAGCGACUCACGGACCUGGAGAGGCCUCAGCCAUGCAGAGCCUCAUCAAGUACAGCGGCAGCUUCGCCCGGGAGGCGGUUGCUGUGCGCCCCGGUGGCUGCGGCAAGAAGAGUCCAUUUGGAGGCCUGGGCACCAUGAAACCUGAGCCGGUCCCCACUACUGCGGGUGUCCCUCGCGCCCAGGCCCGACUGCCGCACCCUGGAGUCCCUGCAACAAGCGGGGGCCGGCAGAUGAAGCGGGACCCGGAGAGACCUGAGAGUGCCAAGGCCUUCGGGCGGGAGGGCUCUGGUGCCCAGGGUGAGGCAGAAGUUCGACACCCGCCAGUGGGCAUUGCAGUGGCUGUUGCCCGGCAGAAAGACAGUGGUGGCAGUGGCCGGCUGGGGCCUGGGCUGGCGGACCAGGAACGCUCUCUGUCGCUGAGCAACGUUAAAGGGCAUGGUCGAGCAGAUGAGGACUGUGCAGAUGAGAGGGCCAGGCACCGAGAGGAACGGCUGCUCGGGGCGCGGCUAGACCGGGACCAGGAGAAGCUGCUUCGGGAAAGCAAGGAGCUGGCUGACUUGGCCCGCUUACACCCCACUAGCUGUGCUCCUAAUGGCCUAAACCCCAACCUCAUGGUGACUGGGGGCCCGGCGCUGGCGAGCUCAGGACGUUGGUCUGCUGACCCUGCAGCCCACCUGGCCACACACCCCUGGUUGCCCCGCUCAGGCAGCACAUCCAUGUGGCUUGCUGGACACCCCUAUGGCUUGGGUCCUCCCUCUCUGCACCAGGGCAUGGCCCCUGCAUUCCCACCUGGCUUGGGGGGCUCCCUGCCAUCAGCCUACCAAUUUGUCAGGGAUCCCCAGUCGGGCCAGCUGGUGGUCAUUCCUAGUGAUCACCUGCCUCACUUUGCGGAGCUGAUGGAGCGGGCCGCAGUGCCACCCCUCUGGCCUGCCCUGUACCCACCUGGCCGCAGCCCCCUGCACCACGCACAGCAGCUGCAGCUCUUCUCCCAGCAGCACUUCCUACGGCAGCAGGAGCUCCUGUACCUGCAGCAGCAGGCGGCCCAGGCCCUGGAGCUACAGAGGAGUGCCCAGUUGGUGCAGGAGCGGCUGAAAGCCCAGGAGCACCGGGCGGAGAUGGAGGAGAAGGCAGGCAAGCGGAACCUGGAGGCCACAGGCAAGGCUGGCUUGGCUGCCACAGGCCCAGGGUUGUUGCCUCGGAAGCCCCCUGGCUUAUCUGCUGGCCCCACAGGCACCUACAGCAAGGCUGUGAGCCCACCACCAUCUCCCCGAGCAUCUCCUGUGGCUGCCCUGAAGGCCAAAGUCAUCCAGAAGCUGGAGGAUGUGUCUAAGCCGCCAGCCUAUGCUUACCCUGCCACCCCCAGUGCCCACCCCACCAGCCCACCACCUGCCUCCCCACCACCUACUCCUGGCAUCACCCGCAAGGAGGAAGCCCCUGAGAACGUCGUUGAGAAGAAGGACCUGGAGCUGGAAAAGGAAUCCCCCAGCCCCUUUCAAACCCUCUUCUCAGAGAUCCCAUCCAGGUACCCGUUCCAAGCCCUGCCACCACACUAUGGAAGGCCCUACCCAUUUUUGCUGCAGCCCACGGCAGCCGCCGAUGCAGAUGGCCUGGCCCCCGAUGUGCCACUCCCAGCUGAUGGGCCUGAGCGCCUGGCGCUCUCACCUGAAGACAAGCCCAUCCGUUUUUCGCCUUCUAAGAUCCCAGAGUCACUGCAGGAGGCCCCAGAGGAAGAGCCACUGGCUGACCGAGAGGUGAAAGCAGAGGUGGAGGACAUGGACGAGGGCCCUGCAGAGCUGCCACCCCUGGAGUCACCGCUGGCCCUGCCUACCGAGGAAGCCAUGGUGGCUCCAAGCCCUGCAGGUGGCUGUGGAGGAGGUCUGCUGGAGGCCCAGGGGCUGAGCACUGCUGGGCAGGGUUGCACUGAGCUCUCCGAGUGCCCAGACUUCACAGAGGGGGUUGAAGCUCGGGUGGACUCUCCUGGCCAGACAGAAUCCUGCACAGCUGCCAUAGACCUGGUGGAGCAGCUGACACCUCAGACACUGAUAGAGGCCAAGGAGGAGCCAGUGGAGGUGCCUGUGGCUGAGGCAGUGCCUGAGGAAAGCUUGGUACAGGUGGCCCCCAGUGAGCCCCGACCUGGCCUAGAAUUAUCAGACUGUGAUGUGCCCACCGGGGAGGGACAGUGCCCUAGCCUGGAGCCCCAGGAGGAUGCGCCUGUGCCUGGCAAUGCCUGCUACCUGGAAGAGGCAAGCUGUGAUCUACCUGGCCUGGAGGACCCACUGGCCGGCAUGCAUGCCCUGGCUGCAGCCGCAGAGCUGCCCCAGGCCAGGCCUCUGCCCUCCCCUGACGCUGGAACCCAGGCCUCAGAGAAGCUGGAAGCGGCUCAGGGGCUUGUCUUGGAGAAGAGUUUCCUGCAUGGCAUCACGCUGUUGAGUGAGAUCGCAGAACUAGAGCUGGAGAGGAGGGGACAGGACGUGGGAGCUACAGAGCAUAGCCUGGAGGUGCGACCCUCGCUAGAGAGCCUGCUGGCAGCUGGCAGCCACAUGCUGAAGGAAGUGCUGGAUGGCCCCUUUAUUGACCCGCUCAAGAACCUGCGGCUUCCACGGGAGCUGAACCCUAACAAGAAGUACAGUUGGAUGCAGAAAAAAGAGGAGCGGAUGUAUGCGAUGAAGUCCUCUUUGGAGGACAUGGACGCCCUGGAGCUGGACUUCCGGAUGCGGCUAGCGGAGGUGCAACGGCAGUACAAAGAGAAGCAACGGGAGCUGGUGAAACUGCAGAGGCGCCGGGACUCAGAGGACAGGCGCGAGGAACCCCAUAGAAGCUUGGCACGCAGAGGCCCUGGCAGGCCGAGGAAACGGACUCACGCCCCGAGCACCCUGUCGCCCCCCCGCAAGAGAGGGAAGAGCCGCAACAGUAGCGGAAAGCUGAGCAACAAGUCGCUGUUGACAUCGGAUGACUACGAGUUGGGAGCAGGGAUGAGGAAGAGACACAAAGGGCCUGAGGAUGAACAUGAGGCUCUCAUUGGAAUGGGGAAAGCCAGGGGGAGGAACCAGACAUGGGAUGAGCACGAAGCCUCUUCUGACUUCCUCAGUCAGCUAAAGGUUAAGAAGAAGAAGAUGGCCAGUGACCAGGAGCAGUUGGCAAGCAAGUUAGACAAGGCCCUCUCCCUCACAAAGCAGCAGGACAAGUUGAAGUCACCCUUCAAAUUUUCGGACAGUUCUGGGGGGAAAUCGAAAACCAGUGGGGGAUGCAGCAGGUACCUGACUCCUUAUGACAGCCUGCUGGGCAAGGACAGGAAGGUGCUGGCCAAAGGCCUGGGCCUAUCUCUGAAAUCCUCCAGAGAAGGUAAACAUAAAAGGGCUGCCAAAGCCAGGAAGAUGGAGGUGGGGUUCAAGGCCAGAGGCCAGCCCAAGUCAGCCCACUCUCCAUUCGCCUCAGAAGUGAGCAGCUACUCCUACAAUACGGACUCAGAGGAAGAUGAAGAGUUCCUGAAGGACGAGUGGUCUGCUCAGGGCCCCUCCAGCUCCAAGCUGACAUCCUCCAUUCUAUGUGGCAUGGUGGCGAAGAGCAGCAAGGCGGCUGGCAGCCCCAAGCUGACCAAGAGGGGCCUAGUGGCCUCCCGGACUCUGAAACCCAAGCCGGCCACCAGCAGGAAGCAGCCGUUUUGUUUGCUGCUCCGAGAGGCUGAGGCACGUUCCUCCUUCAGCGACUCUUCGGAGGACUCGUUUGACCAAGAUGAGAGCUCCGAGGAGGACGAGGAGGAGGAGCUCGAGGAGGAAGAGGAUGAGUCUGGCAGUGGCUCUAAGCUGGGUGCCCGGGAGCGGGCCCUGUCGCCGGGCCUGGAGGAGAGUGGGCUGGGCCUGCUGGCCCGCUUUGCGGCCAGUGCACUCCCCAGCCCUGCAGCGGGGCCAUCCCUGUCAGUGGUGCAGCUGGAGGCCAAGCAGAAGGCCCGGAAGAAAGAGGAGCGGCAAAGCCUGUUGGGCACAGAGUUCGAGUACACGGACUCAGAGAGCGAGAUCAAGGUGUGCAAGCGGUCCCCAACAGGGCUGCCGCGGCCCCGGAAAGUACUGGGGGAGCCCGGGCCACCCGCACCCGUGCCUGCGCCCACCGCUCGGGGCCCGUGCCCCGCCAGCCCUGACAAGGCCAAGCUGGUGGUGGAGAAGGGGCGCAAGGCCAGGAAGCUGCGGGGCACCAAGGAGCCCGGCUUCGAGGCGGGGCCCGAGGCCAGCGACGACGACUUGUGGACUCGGCGCCGCAGCGAGCGCAUCUUCCUGCACGAUGCCUCGGCAGCUGCGCCCGCACCAGCCCGCACCACUCCUGCGCCCCGGACCCGUGCCAAGGGCGGCCCCCUGAGCCCACGCAAGGACGCCAGCCGCGCCAGGGACAGGAAGGACCCCAGGAAGAAGAAGAAAGGGAAGGAGGCCAGCUCAGGAGCUGCACUGCCAACGUCCCGCACUCCUGCCCUGCCCGCAGAGGCCAGGGCCCCUCAUGCCAGCUCCCUGGCCACUGCCAAGAGGAAUAAGGCCAAAGCCAAAGGGAAAGAAGUGAAGAAGGAGAACCGGGGAAAGGGGGGUGCUGUGAGCAAGCUGAUGGAGAGCAUGGCAGCUGAGGAGGACUUUGAGCCCAACCAGGACUCAAGCUUCUCUGAGGAUGAACACCUGCCACGUGGUGGGGCCGUGGAGCGGCCACUUACUCCAGCCCCUCGCUCCUGUGUCAUCGACAAGGAUGAACUAAAGGAUGGCCUGCGAGUGCUCAUCCCUAUGGACGACAAGCUGCUGUACGCUGGGCACGUGCACACAGUGCACUCGCCAGACAUAUACCGCGUGGUGGUGGAGGGUGAGCGUGGCAACCGGCCCCACAUCUACUGUCUGGAGCAGUUGCUGCAAGAGGCGAUCAUCGAUGUGAGGCCGGCCUCUGCUCGCUUCCUGCCACAAGGGACCAGGAUUGCAGCCUACUGGAGCCAGCAGUACCGCUGUCUCUACCCAGGCACUGUGGUCCGAGGGUUACUGGACCUGGAGGAUGAUGGGGACCUGAUCACCGUAGAGUUUGAUGAUGGAGACACAGGGAGGAUCCCCCUCUCACAUAUCCGCCUUCUGCCUCCUGACUAUAAGAUCCAGUGUGCUGAGCCGUCCCCAGCCCUCUUGGUGCCGAGCGCCAAGCGCCGCAGCCGGAAGACCAGCAAAGACACUGGAGAAGGCAAAGACGGGAAUACAGCAGGGUCUGAGGAGCCGGGAGCCAAGGCCCGAGGGCGAGGGCGGAAACCCAGCACCAAGGCCAAGGGUGACAGAGCUGCAGUUCUGGAGGAAGCAGGCUCAAAAGAUGAGGUCCCCAGUACCCCCUUGGCCCUGGAGCCAAGCAAUACCCCAGGCUCCAAGAAGAGCCCCCAAGAGCCCGCAGAUAAGCGGACCAAAGUCCCCAAGGCCCGCCUGACUGCCCCCCAGCCCAGCCUUGCACCACCCGCUUUCGCCAGUGGCCCUGCUCCCGAGCCCUUUGGGGAGCUGCCGGCCCCUGCUGCCCCCCUCAUUACCAUGCCUGCCACCCGUCCCAAGCCCAAGAAGGCACGGGCUGCUGAGGAGUCAGGUGCCAAGGGCCCUCGCAGACCGGGGGAGGAGGCUGAGCUACUUGUCAAACUGGACCAUGAGGGGGUCACAUCACCCAAAAGUAAGAAGGCCAAGGAGGCCUUGCUGCUCCGUGAGGACCCAGGGGCUGGAGGCUGGCAGGAACCCAAGGGCCUGCUGAGCCUGGGUGGCUACCCUCCAGCUACGGGCAACAACGAGCCUAAAACAGCCUGGCCCAAGGCUGCAGAUGGGGAUCUGGCCCAGGAACCCGGACCAGGGCUCACAUUUGAGGACUCUGGGAACCCCAAGAGCCCAGAUAAGGCCCAGGCGGAGCAGGACGGGGCUGAGGAGUCAGAGAGCAGCAGUAGCAGCAGCAGCAGCAGCAGCAGCAGCAGUAGCAGCAGCAGCAGCAGCAGCAGCAGCAGCGGUUCAGAGACGGAAGGCGAGGAAGAUGGCGACAAGAGUGGGGAGGGAAGCCGUGGUGCCGGGGGCCGCAACUGCAGCGCUUCCAGCUCCAGGGCAUCCUCCCCUGCCUCCUCCUCCUCCUCCGCCUCCUCUUCCUCCUCAUCAUCCUCUUCUUCCUCUUCCUCCUCAUCCUCCUCCUCUUCAUCAUCGUCCUCUUCCUCAUCGUCCUCCUCUUCUUCCUCCUCUUCCUCCUCCUCCUCUUCCUCCUCAUCCUCAUCCUCCUCCACCACAGAUGAAGACUCCUCCUGCAGCUCAGAUGAUGAGGCAGCUCCCGCAGCGGCAGCUGGGCCCUCCACCCCUCCUGCGCUUCCCACCAAGGCACCCAAACAGGCCAGCAAGGCGCGCUCCUCAGCCCACUCCCCGGGCAAGAAGGCAGCCGCACCACAGCCCCAGGCACCCCCGCCCCAGCCCCCACAGCCACUACAGCCCAAAGCUCAGGCUGGGGCCAAGAGCCGCCCUAAGAAGAGAGAGGGUGUCCACCUCCCCACCACCAAGGAGCUGGCCAAGCGGCAGCGUCUUCCGUCAGUGGAGAACCGACCCAAGAUUGCUGCCUUCCUGCCAGCCCGGCAACUCUGGAAGUGGUUCGGCAAACCCACCCAGCGUCGAGGCAUGAAGGGCAAGGCCCGCAAGCUCUUCUACAAGGCCAUUGUGCGCGGCAAGGAGCUGAUCCGUAUUGGGGACUGCGCUGUGUUCCUGUCAGCUGGCCGCCCUAACCUGCCCUACAUUGGCCGCAUCCAGAGCAUGUGGGAGUCAUGGGGCAACAACAUGGUGGUCCGUGUCAAGUGGUUCUACCAUCCCGAGGAGACCAGCCCUGGCAAGCAGUUCCACGAGGGCCAGCACUGGGACCAGAAGUCUGGCCGCAGCCUCCCUGCAGCCCUGCGGGUCUCCAGCCAGAGGAAGGACUUCAUGGAGCGUGCCCUGUACCAGUCCUCACACGUGGAUGAGAAUGAUGUGCAGACGGUAUCGCACAAGUGCCUGGUGGUGGGCCUGGAUCAGUAUGAGCAGAUGCUCAAGACCAAGAAGUACCAGGACAGCGAGGGCCUGUACUACCUCGCGGGCACCUAUGAGCCCACCACAGGCAUGAUCUUCUCUACAGACGGUGUGCCCGUGCUCUGCUGAGCCUGAGGCUGCCUUGUGCCCUGGGGGCCAACAGAGCCCUCACCAUCACUGCCACAGCGCAGGGACCACGUGCGUUGAGUGCAUGCAAGUGUGCCCGUGGGCAUGUGCAUGGGGCCAGGUGUGACGUGGACCCCUCGGGCGAGUGUGUGUACAUGUGUGUGCCCGUAUGCAUGCACGUUUGUGCACACAUGUGCACACAUCUCAGCCCCACUCUCCUAACCCCUCAGUGCCCCCAGGACAGGGGCUUCUCUCAGCUAUCAGGGUAUGGCUUUGCCGUCCCCCUCAGGGUGGUCCCAGUCAGGACUGGCCUCAGGCCUCCGGUCCAGCACCUUGUAAGCACUUGGCCAGGCGCCCCUAGGCCCAAGCAGACUGGGGGUUUGGUGGCGAGGGGGCUUCCAAGCAACCAAACUGACACUCACUCUGGGGUUCCUGGCACCCAUGGCACGGAGCAUACCCCAAGACCUCCCCCUGUGGGAUGGGGCAGUCCAGCGCCAGCUAGCCUCACCCAUUGUGCCAGGCCUGCUCUGGGCACCCUUCCUGGCCGGCCCCACCCUCUCAGGAUGGUCUGGACUUAGGGAACAGCUGGGCAAGGGUGGAGCCCAGGAGCAUCACACAGUGCCAGGUGGAGGGGGCUGCAUGCUCCAAGGUCCAGCAAGGGCCCCCUCGGCCCAGAGCCUCACACUACAGAAAACCCCAAUGGUGCUGAAUCCUCGCCGGCCACGCCCGGCCCCUCCCCGCCCAGGAGGGAGGUGGCAGUUCUUAAUCUGUACAGUUUUAUUGUACCAAGAGAGACUCGCCCCGCCUCUGUAUCAUAAGCCUUUAAAUGGAGUCAACUUUUUAAUUAUAUAUAUAAAGAUAAAUAUAUAUAAAUAUAUAUAAAUAUAAACUUUUUAAAACUGUGAAAAAUAGCUAUGAAAUUAUAAAAAAAAGCGAACACAUUCUGACGUGCAGAAUAUUAUUUUUUAUUUCCUGUUAGAUUGUGAGUGUCUAGCACCCAGCUUCACCGGCUUCACCGGCCUCCUCAGCCCCCAGCACACACACCCCUGCAGCCCAAGGGUGCCGAACUUGCCCCCAGGACUAAGAAUGAGUUAGGGAGAGAGACAGCAGACUGAGCAAGGGACAGGGAGGGAGCCACCCCAACCUAAGGUCCUGCUUAGGCCCAAGAAAGCACUUAACCAGCCUCCAAGCCUUCCGGGGAAAGGGAGGCUUCGUCCAGACAAUCUUGAGGGAAGGAAAAGCCAGACUUUGGUUUUGUUUUGGGGGGGAAUUAUUGUUUUCCUUUUUUUUUUUCAAGUUUCUUUUGGAAUUUUGUUUGUUGGCAAAUUCUGUGUGAUCUUUUUCAUAAAAAAAAGAAAAGAAAAGAAAAAGAUUUAAUUGGAAAAAUACCA